AUGACCGGACAAUCGACACCAACACAGACGAGCGCAUCAGUUCCAUCGCCCAUAGUAACAACUACGCGUCUGAUAGUCCGUUCUAUGCGUCUUGAAGAUGCCUCAAACACAAGUCUCCAUGCAAAUGACCCACUGAUCGCUCAAUACAUGAGGAACACCUUUCCCAACCCAUAUACACGUUCCAGUGCCGAGCAAUGGAUCAACAUGAACCUCGUACUUCCAUAUCAACAUCAUUUCGUCAUCUGUGAGCGGUCAUCUCCAGAUGUCGCUAUUGGGGGUAUCGGUUUGAAACUAGGCAUGGAUGUGUACGCGCAUACUGCGGAAGUUGGUUUCUGGAUUGGAAAGUCAUUUUGGGGAAAGGGGUAUACGACAGAAGCGCUGGAAGCCUUCACAACAUGGUCAUUUGAGAGCUACGAGAACAAUGGACAGCGAUUGACGAAGCUUUACGCCGGCGUAUUUUCUGGUAACGUGGGGAGCAUGCGAUGCUUCGAAAAGAAUGGAUAUGCGCUCGAAGGUGUACUGAAGGGUCAUAUUGUGAAAAAUGGUGAGGUCAAGGAUGAGCACAUGUUUGGGAUGACAAAGUCCAAUUGGGAGAGAAGGAUGAAUGAGGGUACCAAGACCUGA